CGGGCGCAGCUUCCUACGGGAGAGGGCAGGGAAGACCGGAUGGCGUCUCUUAAACUGGAGCCCUGCCUGCGUUUUUCUGGCGGGAUGGCGCUCCCCUCCCCCAUCCCGAAGGCAGUUCCAACCUCUGCGGAGGACGCCUCCGCCCCCGCUCGCCUCGGCCCCCUGCUGCUCUUUUCCAUGCGGUGCCUUUAGAGUACGGCCUUGAGAGUCCCGCUAGUCGCCGGGCCCGGGUGGGGCCGGUACGUGGUGCGAGGGUGGGGACGACUGGGUCCGGGUGGCUCCUGCGCAGCUCCUUCGGGCAUCUGGGCCCCGGACGCCCGUCUGUGCCACGCUGGCCCUCUGGCCCUCUGGCCCUGCGGGGCGGCAUCUUUACCUUCCGGCAGCGCAUCCCGUGCCCGCGCCGCGAGCUGCAGCCAUCAGGCGUCGGUCCCGGCUCUUAAGUCCCCAGCCAGUAGCCUAAGUCACUUGUUAGGGUGCAUAUAUACGUAAAACCCCUUUUGGUUUUAUUUUUCGGUACCACCUAGGGACACGAGUAGUUUGAAGCAGUUCAUCUCUUUGCAAAGAGAUAAAGAGUUGUACUUAAGCCAAGAUUGAUUCUAAGUUGGACAUAUAGUGGGGUUCUAGUUCAAGUUUUCCUACAGCAUCUUUGUUUUAUUUAUUUUAAAAUCUGAAAAAUAUAUACUUGUUUCAAACUACGGGUGGAAAAGAAUGUGCUUUUAAAACUCUAGUAUAAAAUAGCUUUUUAUUGUAAAUGCUUGUCUUAUGUUUAUACCAAUUAGGAGGAAAGUAUUUACGUUGCGUGAGAGGCCUUUAAAAGGUUGAAGUAUUUAACAUGUGCUGACUGCCUGUUAUCUGUAGUUUGUCUUGCACGUAGACGUUCUUAUUGUUGAAAAGUGACAGGUAGAAAGAUACUGACGUGUUUUGUCUUAAGUUGCCUUUUUAAAAAAUGUUUUAGAUGGUAUGAUCUCCUUUUGUAAAUGUCAAAUAUGUAUGAGUACUUUAGCUUGAGAAUAUAUCUAGACGUCCAUCUGUACACCAGAAUGUUGACAGUGGUUUUCCUGGAUGAAUGGAUUCUAAGUGAUUUAAUUGAUUUACAUUUUUUUUCUAAUUUUACGGCAAUGUUAUAUAUUACAUCUGUAGAGUUUUGUUAUGUUUUUGUUUGUUUUAAUGGAGGUACUGGGGAUUGAGCCCAGGACCUGGUGCAUGCCAAGCAUACACUCUACCACCUGUGGUGUGUUUUUUAAGUGAGGAAGGGGGGUUGAAUGAAAAGUUGUAUAUUCAGAAUCUGCCCAACAAAAGGAGUAGCGAGCAGAUGUUUUUAUGACAUCCCUAAGUAAAAAUCCAAACUUCCUCAUCAGGGUAGUUAUACGAACAAAAGGCACACAAAAAUAUUUGCUGAAAUGAUGGAUGGAAGCAUUUUUAGUCUUGAGUGGGCAUUUUACCAUCUUGCUUAAAGGAGGUCUGAUAAGUGUUUCGAUAUUCAGCCCUAAGUAGGAGUCAAACAUUUCCUGCCAUCAGGGUGAUCCUAUUCCUUUCACCUGACGGUCUGAAUCCAAGCCAGCUUGCAACAUUAAUUUUAAUGCCAUGUUUGGUUUCCUUUUCUUGCUCUUUUGAAAGAAUUUGAAGUGUUUGACAUGCUUAGCUGACAGUUUUCGGUGUUCUCUCUGAUACAUUUAAAAUAUGAAGUAUAAAGCUUUUAACUGUUAAUUCUGGAAGUAUACAAAGGAGGUAUUAGUAAUAAAUCUUGAGAUUUUAGUUUAUUGCAUAAACAUGAAAACAGCUUUUCUUUUGAUUUUUUUAAUGCACUUGAUGGGGGUAGACUCAAGGAGCAUUGUGUUGUUAGGUGAGGUUUUAUUUAUAUUGAUACCAUUUCUGUAACUAUCAUGGUCAUCAGUUUCUUCAGGGAGUUCCCUUCCUCUCCCAAUUGGUGGCUGAAUAAGAACUGGAAGCAAGAUGUAACUUGCUGGUAGCAGUGAUUAGCAAUGAAGAUUUGCUCACACAGUUAGAUGUUCCAAACCCAGGAGUCAGAAGACAUGCUUUUUCGCUGCUGGUUCUGCUGCUUAAUUGACUUGACUUUUCACUGAGUCUGUUUCCUCAUCAGUAAAAUUGGGGCCGGUUCGAUGGUAGCCCUUCUAUGUGCCCCCACAGGACUGUGUGAAGAUCAAAUAAAAUAAGGGAAAUGCAAGAAACUAAACAGCACUACUAAGUAAAUGAUCACAUCACGUGUAGUGCUGAUAUAUGCAGAACUUAGUGAAGCAGCAAAUAUAAUAUGUCCACCUCAAGUUCCUUACCAGUAAAAAUGAGAUGGUCUUAGUAAUGAUGCCAGGUUCUACCUGCUCUGUACAUAUAUAUCAUCACCUUGGUGAUAAGAAAAGCAGCUUAUCAAGCUGGUAGAGAAAACCUCACAUUUCUUUUUCUUACUUUCCCACUGCUACGUGGAAAGAACACAAAUCUGAAAUGGAGGAGGCAGUUCUGAUUCUAACACUAAUCUAUUACUUGAAUUGGGGUGAUCACUUUACCUCCCUAUUUGUUUCCAAAACUGAAAUAAAGGGAUUGAAAGCAUAAACUUGAAAGUCAUUUCAAUUUUUGUUCAAAUCCCAACCCUAACACUUAUUAAGUAUUCCUCUAUUUAUGCCUCAGUUUCCUUAUCAGUAACAAAGGGUAAAUGGUAGGGAUUUUGACUGUUGUGGAUUUUUGCAAAUGAUGAGAUUAAAUGAAGUAUGUACACAGCAAGGUAUGUAAUUGGUGCUCAGUAAGUGAUCAUUAUUAUUUUUAUUUCUGAAUAAUCUGUAAGGAUUUAAACAGUUUAAGGUCUGUGAUUUGCUAUUGGCUUUCAUUAUAUUGGCUUUCAUCAUGGCUGAAUAAAUUAAUGCAGACUUAAAUUCCUAUUCUGAUAUUAAGAUAUAGCUAUAGCGUUAGAAGGUAAAUUCAUUUCAAAGAAAUAUGACACAUAUUUACAUGUAGUCACAUGUUUAUCAAUAGAUACAUAUUUUAGUACUUUAAUACUGUAUGUUCAAAGUAAUAUUAUACUUGAGUUAAUUCUGUAUAACUUUCCAGUUGAUUAAAGAUCUGGUACCACUGUAUUCUUGAGUCUCAAAAAUGAACUACAUUUUUGCUUAUAUGACUUCUGUCAUGCUUUUUCUACAGGCAUUUUUUUCCAUCUGUGAAAACUUCCUUGUAAUUCAUUUUUCCUCACUUCGGUAUUAAGAAUUAUACCAAAUUAAAGAGAUAUGAAUGAAUAUCCUAAAAAAAGAAAAAGGAAGACAUUACACCCUUCUCGUUAUUCAGAUUCCUCUGGAAUAAGCAGAAUUGCAGAUGGAUUCAAUGGAAUUUUUUCUGAUCAUUGUUAUAGUGUUUGUUCUAUGAGACAACCAGACUUAAAAUAUUUUGACAACAAAGAUGAUGAUUCUGAUACAGAGACAUCCAGUGACUUGCCAAAAUUUACAGAUGGAAUCAAGGCCAGAAACAGAAAUCAGAACUACCUGGUUCCCAGUCCUGUACUUAGAAUUCUAGACCACGCUACCUUUUCUGCAGAAAAAUCUACUGAUAUUGAAAUUUGUGAUGAAGAGUGUGACUCCCCGGAGUCAGUCAACCAGCAAACUCAAGAGGAGAGCCCUAUAGAAGUUCACACUGCUGAAGAUGUUCCAAUUGCUGCAGAAGUACAUGCAAUUUCUGAAGAUUAUGAUAUAGAGGCAGAAAAUAAUUCUUCUGAGAGUCUCCAAGACCAAAAUGAUGAAGAGCCACCAGCUAAACUUUGCAAAAUUCUUGACAAGAGCCAAGCUUUGAAUGUGACUGCCCAGCAGAAAUGGCCUUUACUGAGAGCUAAUAGCAGUGGCCUCUAUAAAUGUGAACUGUGUGAGUUCAACAGCAAGUAUUUUUCUGAUUUAAAACAACAUAUGAUCUUGAAGCAUAAGCGUACUGAUUCAAAUGUCUGUCGAGUGUGCAAGGAAAGUUUCUCCACCAACAUGCUUCUGAUCGAACACGCCAAACUGCAUGAAGAGGAUCCCUACAUUUGUAAAUACUGUGAUUAUAAGACAGUCAUUUUUGAGAAUCUCAGCCAGCACAUUGCAGACACCCAUUUCAGUGAUCACCUUUACUGGUGUGAGCAGUGUGAUGUACAGUUCUCCUCAAGCAGUGAGCUCUACCUACAUUUCCAGGAGCACAGCUGUGAUGAACAAUACUUGUGUCAGUUCUGUGAACAUGAAACGAAUGAUCCAGAAGACUUGCACAGCCAUGUGGUGAAUGAGCAUGCGUGUAAGUUAAUAGAGUUAAGUGAUAAGUAUAACAAUGGAGAACAUGGACAGUACAGCCUCUUAAGCAAAAUUACAUUUGACAAAUGUAAAAACUUCUUCGUAUGUCAAGUAUGUGGUUUUCGGAGUAGACUUCAUACAAAUGUUAACAGGCACGUUGCUAUUGAACAUACCAAAAUUUUCCCUCAUGUUUGCGAUGACUGUGGGAAGGGCUUUUCAAGUAUGCUAGAGUAUUGCAAACAUUUAAAUUCACAUUUAUCUGAAGGGAUUUAUUUAUGUCAGUACUGUGAAUAUUCAACAGGACAGAUUGAAGAUCUUAAAAUUCAUCUAGAUUUCAAGCAUUCGGCUGAUUUACCUCAUAAAUGCAGUGACUGCCUGAUGAGGUUUGGAAAUGAAAGGGAAUUAAUAAGUCACCUUCCAGUCCAUGAGACAACUUAAUUGUUCUCUUUAACUUCCAUAAUGUUGAUGUAAAAUAAUAAAUUUGACUUUUUUUGGAGAUAUAAAGAUGGAUGAUUUCAAACAUAACUUAUGAGAAUUGUCUAACAAGAUUUUUUUAUAGCUGUCCAGUUUUCUUGGCAUUGCUACCUUUUUCAGUAUAUAAUUGUAUCCUAAAUGUGGUAUUUUCAAUGCAUUGUAGUUCAUAGUUUUAACCACUUUUAGUGACUGUCGUCUUGUUUCUUGCAUGUGUUCUGAUUUCAUAAAUUGAUAAGAAACAGAUGUACUGAAGAAACUAGACUUUCCUUCUGUAAACAGAGGUGCUGUAAACUUUUUCUUCUUUAAACUCAAAACAAGCUCAGUUUUUCGUGUAUGAAGUCAUUAAAAUACUGCACUACCAGAACUAAAGUGCAACAUACAUAACACACAGUUAAGUCCAUUGAUACUCUCAUUAAUAAGAACAGGACCCUCUUGAAUUCCCCAUCAGUUUUCCCCAAGGCUAUCAGUGAACGCUCCCACCUGUGUGAUUCUUUCAGUGACACUAGGAAGCCAGUUUUAUGGCAAGAAGGAAAAAUCUGGUUUUCUUGGCAGUCUUUUUUUAAAUUCUCGUUUUAUUUUAGCCCCUAUCUGUGUGUUAAAUAAUUUUACAUGGUGGUGAGGAGGAGCUUUAAGGGGCUUAACAAUAAAGUAACAUUUCAUAACUCAUUUAUAAAUGAAACUGGUCAUUUAUAAUCUGUUCACAUUUCAUUUUCAGUUAUGUAACUGCAAAGUCACGCCCAAACUUCUGAUAACAAGUCAUUUAUUUUCUGAGAAAAGCCGCUGAAGUGUUAAAAUAGAAAUAGGAAGAUCUGGAAGAUAGGGGUUGCUGGUAUGAUAAGGAAUAAAUUACUUUUUAUAAUAGCAAAUCAGUCUUAACUCUUAGAUUGGUUCCCUGUGGCUACCAUAACAAAUUGUCACAGAGUGACUCAAACAAUAGAAAUUUAUUGUCUCACAGUUCUAGAUGCUGGAAGUUUGAAAUGUUAGCAUAGUUGGUUCCUUCUGAGAGCUGUAAGGGAAGGAUCUGUUCUUGGCCAUUCUUCUUGGCUUGUUUAUCUCCCUGUAUGCAAGUCUAUCUCCAACUUCCCCCCUUUUACGAGGAAUGAGUCUUUGGAUUAGGGCUUAUCCUGAUGACCUCACUUUAACUUGACAAAGACCCUAUCCCCGAAUAAGGUCAUAUUUUGAGGUACUGGGGCCAAGGACUUCAAUAUACGAACUGAGAUGAGUGAGGGAGAGACAACCAUAAUUCAGUAACAGUUUCUUAAAUAGCACUAUCAAGAAGAUAGAAUUUUGUAUAUCAUUGGCCUCAAAUAUAAACAUUGCUGCUAACAGACAAUAUUGUUAACAAUUAUUGAUGUAGUUGCAACGACCAGUUGUUGACCCAUAGUUUUCCUACUGCAAGACCUGUGGGAAUUUAGUGUUUAGAGAAUGGUGGCAGCAACAAGUAUUUUCAAAACCAAUCGUUUAUUUUUACUGUUCUGUCUUCUAUGCAUACCUGUACUCCUAGAAACUACCUUUCCAUCUGAUUGUAACAUUCCAGGUAGAGCUAUCUGAUACAAAUGUUUCUUAGAAGAUGUAAUUGGAAGAAAACCUUACCAACCAUUUGGUCUUAACCCUCUAGGUUUCUAAGUUUCUUACAGAAAUAGAAACUUAGGUUAUUUUUAGGUCAAGGUCACAAAACCAGUUAUAAAAGGCAGGAGUGGAAUCCAAGUUAUUCGGCUCCCAUUCCAAUGAUGUUUCCAUUACAUCAUGUUACAUAAAAACCUAAGCUUUGACCUUGGGAUGUUUUUCAUGGCUACUUAACCUAGCCAUUCAGCUUCCUUCCUGGUAAUUCUGUUUUCACACUUUUUUGAUAUACAUCCAGCUUCAGGAAUUUGAUUUUCAGAAAACAAACCUUAAGUAAUGCCUUGAUAGGUUUUUAUAUUUUUGUAUAUUUUACAGCCUUACAUUUGAUCAGGUGUUAGUAAUCAAAUUAGAGGUUUUAAUGAAACUACUCAAGAGACAUUAAACCCAACUUUUAGUACCAUAUAAUGUGCUUUUUGAUGACUUUGCAGCUUGAGGACACAUCCCAGUGACAGUUUGUCCGAUAAAACCUUUCUGCUUUGACUCAGCUUUCAAAUAAGCCUGUGACCAUAAAUUGAGGUAGCAGGUUUAUAUUUUUGGCUUAACAAACCUACCUAAAAGAAAAUUUCUAACUGCUCCUGGGUUUUUUCUACUCAAAGACAGACAUUUUCACUGUACUCUUCUGUGACUUGAGAGUUCAUAACUGAUAGUAAUGUUUAUUAGCAUCACAAUAGUAUUCUUGGCAGCAGUGAACAGUAGUGAUGGAUCUUUUUUUAUUGUUUUCUUUUUUUUAUCUUCACCUUUCAAUGAGUUGUUAUUGUUACAAGUUGAAAAUGUGCGCUACUCAAAAGUCUCUCUUCUUGCUUAUAAAUUUGCCAGUUUUAAAUCACCUUAGAUUCCUCUGAAGGUAUAUUAUCACAUAUUAACCAGUUUCUUAGUUUUACGGGGUCUAUAGCCUGUUAGGUGAUUGCUGAGUUACUGGCAGGUAAAGCAUAUACAGGUUUGUUUUUUUUUCAAUAAACUAACACUAUUCCUAAUUUUUAAAUCUUGAUUUUCACAUUAAGUUACUUAAUUCCUGACACUUUACAGUUAACCUUACUUAGCUUGUUUUGUCAGUCUUAGUACCUUUUGCAAGCAGGUUAAUAUAUUCCCCAAAUACUGUUGAUUAAUUUUUAAUGGAAUUUUGAUGACUUAAAAGCACUAUAAGUGACAUAAAUUUGAAAAAGCUAAUAAAAAUCAAAUAGCUACAAUC